AUGACCCCGCCUAUAACAUCGUCAUCACGACCUACCUUUGCGACCUCCAGAGCUCACGCGUUACCCUUGUUCUUCUCUCAGUUGAAAGGAGGAACUAUAAGCAUGACUUACCAAUACGUUGCAGACGGAAUCACAGCCUGGAUCAGAUAUGAAAAUGGGGGUUAUGUGAAGUCACUACCGGUCCCGUCUCAGGGAGAUCUAGAUGGUUUCGUGCGUGACUGGAGUCCAGACUCGACUUACGAACGUUCAUCUCUUAAAGUAUUGUCGGACCGGACGGGCGGUUCUGCUGCACCUACAUUGUCUCUUGGAAGCGGGGACGAAUCACUUCAUCCCAGGGACUCGGAUAUGUGUUGGCAAUGUGUCCAUGUGCACCAGUGGAUCAAUGGGGUACGACUUGAGAAACCCACCCUAGUGCUACUCGAGCUUGGCGGAGAGAGUGAACGCACCAUCGUGGCUUACUUUGAGGGAACCGAUGAGGCUGGCCGACCCGUUUCGGUGCUCCUACCGACGGUAGAGACAUUGGCAGAGUGGUAUAAAUAUAACCCGCCACAACAUCAAUCCAGAAAACAACUCACUUUGUCUGGCACACCUGUAGUAUCAACAGAAGCGGGGUUCGAAAAGUUUCAGGCCGAACUUAGGGAAGCCAUGAACAAUCUGAUGAUUGACAAGGAUCCGCUGACCAGUGACACAAUUAGUCACCAAGAAUCGUCGUCCUCGACCGCAGGAAACACUGGUAGUAAGGGGUUGUGUCUGAGCCUGAAGUACAAAGUUGAGACUCCAUUUCACGAUGAGACAUGA